AUGUCGAAUUUGCUUGCCCGUGAUGGCCCUUCGACUGUCCAGCCUCCACUGUCCCAGACAGUUGGGUAUAUCGUUGUCGUUCUCAUCGGUGCGAUUAUAGCUCUGGGAAUGAUGCUCGUCACAAAAGUCCUGAAGAAAACUGCAGGGGAAGAUAACAAGAAGACCGAAAUGUUCAUGACUGCAAACCGCACUAUCCGCACAGGUCUGACUGCCUCCGCUGUGAUAUCGUCAUGGCUUUGGUCAACCGCUUUACUCGGCUCCUCUUUCGUCGGCUAUGACUAUGGUAUCGCCGGUCCUUUCUGGUUUGCAGCUGGCUGCAGUCCGAUGAUUGUGUUUUUCGCCCUCUUGGGAAUAUCCUGCAAGCGGAAGAUCCCUGAAGCGCAUACCUCGCUGGAGGUUGUUCGCAUUCGAUACGGCCAUGUGGCACAUAUCGUAUUCAUGAUCCUUUGUCUGGUUAAUAACAUCUUCGCCUGCGCUAACAUGUUGCUCGGCGCCGCUGCUGUGAUCACUGCUGUUACUGGAAUGCACAUUAUUGCUGCUACAUUUCUGUUGCCCGUCGGAGUGACUGUCUAUACAUUUGUUGGUGGUAUCAAAGCAACCUUCCUCACCGAUUAUUUCCACACGGCUAUCAUUAUGAUCAUCGCAUGCUAUUUCUCCGUCAAAGCCUUCUCAACCCCCCAGAUCGGCUCUGUCGGUGAACUAUUCGAGCUUCUACAAGCUGCAGCGACACGACACCCAGUCUCUGGUAACCAAAGUGGCACAUAUCUGACAAUGACCUCCAAGAGUGCAAUCCUCUUCGGAAUCCUCCACACCCUCGGCAACUUCGGCCUAGUCAUCAUGGACACAAGCUACUUCAUCAAAGCCUUCUCUGCCUCCCCAGCAGCAGUAGUCCCAGGCUACACAAUCGGCGGCAUCGCCUACUUUGCCAUCCCCUGGGCCCUGGGCACAGUCAUGAGCUCCGUAGCCCUAGGUCUGGAGAACCAGCCCAACUUCCCUACCUUCCCAAGAAGAAUGACCUCCACAGAAGUAAGCAACGGCCUGGUCCUCCCCUACGCAGCACAAACAAUCGCCGGAAAAGGCGGUGCAGCAGCUGUCCUCCUAAUCACCUUCAUGGCAUGCACAUCCACCCUCUCCGCACAGGUGAUUGCCGUCAGCUCGAUUCUCAGCUUCGAUGUCUACCGCGAGUACUUUAAGAAGAAGGCGACGGAUCGGGAUCUUAUCCGUGCUAGUCACUUUGGUGUUAUUUUCUUUGCUGCUUUCUCCGCCGGGUUCAGUACCAUGCUACACUAUGUUGGUAUUAAUCUUGGCUGGACGCUGUAUAUGCUCGGCGUCGUCACAUGCCCAGGAAUCUUCCCAAUGAUCUUCACAAUCCUCUGGCGCCGCCAAAGCAAAGCAGCAGCCAUCCUCUCACCCAUCCUCGGCCUCGCAACCGGUCUAUCCGUCUGGCUCGGUACAGCAUCCCACUUCAGCGGCGAAGUAACCGUCGCUUCAACCGGUCAAGUCCUUCCCUGUCUCUACGGAACCGUUGCAUCCUGCAUGUCGCCGAUCAUCUACUCGGUGGUAAUCACGCUGGUCAAGCCGCAGAACUACGAUUGGAAUGAUUUCAAAAAGGUGAAGCUUUCGCUUGAGAAGCUGGAUAGUAAUCUUACCACUGCGCAUUUGAAUAAGAAUGGUCGUGUGGACGGGGGUGAGGAGGAGGAUGCUGGUCGGGCGGGCUUCGAUCAGAAGGAGUUGAAGAGGUGGGCGAGGAUUGCGGCUAUUUGGUCUGUUGCGACGUUCUUGGGUCAUUGGGUUAUUUGGCCUUUGCCUAUGUAUGGGUCUGGGUAUGUGUUUGGGAAGAAGUUCUUUAUUGCUUGGGUGGUUGUCGCUAUCAUCUGGCUCUGGCUCAGCAUGCUGGUUGCGAUUUUCUAUCCCAUCUUUGAUGGUGGGAUUCAACAGAUGCGUGAUGUCUAUCGCGGGUUGAGAGGACAGAAGGUGGACGGAGCGAGAGGUGAUGCCUCGCCUUCUGAUGGGUCUAUCAGCGAUGCGACUCGCACUGGGGAAAUUCAAGAGAACAAGCCGGGAUUGAAUGAUUGA